CGGAGAGUCGCAGCUCUUCAGGUACCUCCGCGCGGGGUCUCCGGACUCCUUCAAGUACGCGCCGCUCUCUCCGGUGGAGAACUUGGAUGUGGUGAGGUCGCCGACCGUCUACGCCACGCCAGUGAAGGUGGAGGAGGACGUACUGGUUAUGGAUGGGAUUCUGGUCACCUCAGCAAUUCCAGCUGGAAGGUUCGCGAGGUCCGUCACCGUUUCAGGAGGCUCCACGACGUUGUCUUCUUCUCCGUCGUCUGGUGGGAAGAGUCUCUACAAGACCGACAUUUGCCGCUCCUGGGAGGAUUCUGGACGCUGCCGCCACGGCAACAAAUGCCAGUUUGCACAUGGAAAGGAAGAGCUACGCCCAACUCGUUUCCCUGCCAAGAACAAAUCUGAGACACAGACACACAAGCCAUACUGUGUCUUUGGAACAGGAACAUACGGGCCAAAGAAUCGCUUUGCUUGUCAGCUCAUGGCAACAGCAUCCCGAACAACCUUACCCACCAAAACAGAAGGCACGAGCAAAAAUCUCUCCACCACUUGUAUCACUGAAGGCGACUGGUCUCCCCAAGAUGAUGGCAUUGAGGUUGUGCUGCCACAUUCUUCAACUGGAAAGCCUCCAUCAAGGAAAGACGUUAAUGCCUAUCUUGAGAGUGUUCUUUAUGGUCCUAGCAAGAAAAAGAGAUUGCCUGUGUUUGAUGAAAUUUGCUCAUGAUGGUCGCUCACAACAAUCUAUAUACCAUACAUACUUGCUCUUCUAAUAUUUGGGCCUCUCAGUUGGUGUGAUGAGAGGUAAUUGGAAUUAGAAUAAUCAUCCACACUUACAAACAAUUACAGUAUUAUUACAUUUGGAUGCAGUUCCCCCAAA